AUGGUGCUCGUCUCGCUGCGAACGCUCCUCCUGGUGCUCUCGAGGGUCCUGGUCCUGACCGAGACGCGGACGGGCUCGCACUCCCUGAGCUACUUCGACACCGUCGUGUCCCGGCCGGGCGGUCGCGACGCGCGCUUCUUCUCCGUGGGCUGCGUGGACGGCGCGGAGGUCGUGCGCUUCGACAGCGAUGCCGCGGAGCCGAGGGUGCAGCCGCGGGCGCCGUGGAUGGAGCGGGUGGAUCAGGCGUACUGGGACCGGGAGACCAAGAGAGCCAAAGGCAACAAGCUAACUGACGAACUAUAUCUGCGGACUGCGACCCGCUACUACGACCAGAACCCUGAUGCUUCUCACACCCUCCAGAGCAUGUACGGCUGCGAAGUGCGGUCCAGCGGGAGCUUUCUCCGCGGGUACCUGCAGUACGCCUACGACGGUGCGAAAUACAUCGCCCUCGCCGAGGACCUGAGCUCCUGGGUCGCGGAGGACUCUGUGGCUCAGAGGACACAGCGCGAGUGGGAGGAGUCCGGCGUAGCAGAGCAGAAAAGGGCCUACCUGGAGGGCACCUGCGUGGAGUGGCUCCGCAGACACCUGGAGAACGGGAAGGAGAGCCUGCAGCGCGCAGAUCCCCCAGAGACAUGCGUGACCCACCACCCCAUCUCCGAGGAAGAGGUCACCCUGAGGUGCUGGGCCCUGGGCUUCUACCCUGAGGAGAUCACCAUGACCUGGCAGAGGGAUGGGCAGGACCUGACCCAGGGCAUGGAGCUGGUGGAGACCAGGCCCGAUGGGAGUGGAACCUUCCAGAAGUGGGUGGCUGUGGUGGUGCUUCCUGGAGAGGAGCAGAAGUACACGUGCCGUGUGCAGCAUGAGGGGCUGCCUGAGCCCCACACCCUGAGAUGGGAGCCCUCUCCUCAGUCCACCUUCCCCACUGGAGGAGUCUCUGCCGCCGCAGUAGGCGUUGCUGCCGUCAUCGUUCUCCUUGUGGUCACUGCUGUGGUGUCUCUUGUGAUGUGGAGGAGACAGAGGGCAGGUGUGAAAGGAGGGAGCUACGCUCAGGCUGCAAGCAGUGACCACGCCCGGAACUCUGACUCAUCACUCAUGACCUGAAAAGGAGGGAGCUGGCCGUGUGGGAUAAGUGACAAGACUGUUGCCCUUGAGAACCCCGAUGCUCUGUCUGCAGAUGGCUUCUGACUGGGGCUCUGUUCCUUUCGGCCCAAUGGGGACCUGGAGAGAUUGGCUCGCCCUGUCCCCACAGUGACCUGUGUCCCCUCCUGCCCAGCUGUCCUGUCUGCAGCGGCGGGGCUGCGCUUCUGCACCGCUGUGCCAGCAUCGUGGAGCCCUGAGCUGCUGCUGCUCCUUCCCUGCUCUGCGGGGCCCCCUUCACCUCUCUUCAGCCACAG